UUCAUUUGUCAAUUAUUUUGUAUGGCGUAUUUUGUGUUUAUUUUUUAAGCGGCAGUGUCUAUGGCUUGUCUUUUUUCCCUGGUACUUAACGCGCUGUCGACGCAAGCCAAUUUAAUUAGGGAAAGUGGAUUAAUUUGCAACUCGUUAGACUAAUUAAGGAUUAUAAUCAGCAGCGCCAGCCAGCGGGCCAUGUAAAUCGCUAGCCAGCGAGUGCUAAAAAGUGAGCUCGGAAGGAUAACAAAAAGUGAAAACAAAGGAGCCCCGAAAGCCCGAAACUAGACCAAGCUGAGCGAGGCCCACCCAGUCGACCUUUGGAGCCGACCACUAUAAAUAGAUCGGCCUGGAAGGCGUAAUAAUACCCAACCAGCAGCAAUAAAAACCAGCAGCAGCGGAAGCCCAAAACGAAAGUAAAAAUCGUUUAAUUGGAUUUCUGGUCGCCUUGGCUCUAUCGGAUACGACCCCAGCCCGCCCGAGAGGCCCCCCCACAGGCAGCGUUGGCCUAAAUGAUGCCCGAAACUGAACGCGACUCGCAGUUGGCAGCGGAAAUGGUAAGCGGAGCCCUUGGGCACGGAUACGGCCUCGUGAAGGAUCCGCAGCAGCAGCUUCACUUGCUCCAGCCCCACCACCUACCGCCCCAGCAGCCCUACCAGACGCCCCACCCUACGCCCACGCCCACGCCAGACCCCUACAAGAUGUCCGCCACCACGUACGUCUACAGCAGCCCGCUGACCAUCCCGAACAUGGUCAGUCCCAACAGCAAGGAGAAGCUGGUGAGCCUCCUGCGCGUUCGCGACACCCAGGCGACCCUGGCCAGCCCGAUCUCUGACAGUCCGCCCGCCACGACCUUCCUUCAGAAGCAGCUGGAGGCCGUCAGCCCGCGGCCGAGCUCGGUGCACCCCCAGGUGCAGAAUUCCCCCCACAUACACCCCCACCAGCAGCUUCAUCAACCGCAGCAGCGACGACACACCAGCUCUACUCCUCCGGGGGCGCCCACUAACUGGCACGCCCAUGUCUACGCCCGGCCGCCCAACCGCCCCACCCCACACUCCAUCGCCGACAUCCUGGGCAUAGCCGUGGGCGAGAAGGAGGCGUCAGAGGGCGCCUUCGAUCCCUCGCUGCCGGCCAAGUCCCCGAAUACGAUCGUGAAGCAGUACGAGCAGGAUCAGCAGCUCACGAUGAGCGACGCCAGCGAGGAGGACGGAGGACCCAGUGCUGCAUCUGCGACAGCGGCAUCUGCCCCGGCUGUGGCGGCUCCGCUCGACCAGCCCCUGAAUCUGUGUGUGGCCAAAAAGUCACGCGACAGCAACAGCUCACCCAUGCCGGCCAGCAAGCAGAGCCACGUCCUCGGGAAGACCGCCAGCAAGAAGGAGUCCUCCGGCAAGCCGGCCGCCAAAAAGAAGAAGCUGUCGCCCGCGGCAGCCGCUGCGGUGGCCCAGCCUCCGGACAUAAGCCCCACCGGCAGCAGCGACAGCCUCAUGCGCGACAAGCUGCUGGCCACCAACAGCUCGCCCGCGGCGGCCAAUCACCAGCACCCCAACCCGAGCAGCGCCAACAGUGCUCUGGAGACCACCGAGGACGACUCCGACUCGGGCUCCACCGACGCCCGGCGGAAGAAGAAGGCCCGCACCACCUUCACGGGCCGCCAGAUCUUCGAGCUGGAGAAGCAGUUCGAGGUGAAGAAGUAUCUCAGCUCCAGCGAGCGCACGGAAAUGGCCAAGCUGUUGAUGGUGACGGAAACUCAGGUGAAGAUCUGGUUCCAGAACCGCCGCACCAAAUGGAAGAAGCAGGACAACGUGACGAACAACGAGGCCGCGGAGCACAAGUCCUCGAACGCCAACAAGUCGGGGGCAGAGGGUGACAAGAGGGCGCCGCCCCAAGGUAGCAACUCCACCGCAGGAUCCGCCUCCGCCUCCCCGACUGUCGGCACAGGCGCCGCGCAGGCGGAGACCAAGAAGUCCCCGAAGUCUCCCGGGCGGGGAAACAAUAACAACAACAGUGUGAAUAAUCUGAACAAUAAUGUCAACAACGGCGAAAACAAGCUCCCGGGCAAGCAGAGCAGCACAAAGGUCAAAAAGCAGUUGAACGCGCUGCUCGAGAAGACCGUCAAGGCUGCAGGACACAACCAGGGCAGCCACAGCCGGACUGAAGCGGACUCCGCCGACCCCAAAGGCGCUGUGGAGAAGCGCAACAGCAACAACAACUGCGAUCUGCUGCACCAGCGCCUGCACCAGCACGCCAUUCCCCUGACCGUGGAGCCGGCCGCCCCUCUGGAGCAAACCGAAAAACUGGACAUCAAGCUGGAGGAGUCCCCGCAGCACCGCGAACUGCAACUGAGCCUGCAACGGGCGGCAGCAGCGGCGGCGGCGGAGGCUCGAAACGGCGGCUGCAAUCCCGGACAGCUGACGGAAAUGGACUUCGAGAGUAAGUUGGCGGCCAGCAAGAUAUCCAUAGCCCUGGCCAUGGCCAACAACCAGCUGCCGCCGGAGGACUCACUGGAGACGGCUGCCAAUGAGAAACCCAAGCAGGAAAGCGAGUCCUCGGAGGAAGGGGACGAGGAGGAGCUGGAGGAGGAGGACACUUCCAGCGAGAACGGGGGUUCCACAGAGGCGCCAGACUCGCAAGAUCGGUCAAGGGACACAGCUAUGCGAGAGGUCUAAGAUGUGUCUUUCGAAG